AAUUCCAAUUGUGGAUUCUCUCCCCCUUUUCGUUUUGAUUUUUUGAUCACCGGGGCGGUGUGGGUUACCACAUUCUGAAAAAAAACCCGCAAUCCGAGAAAGUUCAGGUGAAAUCCAUGGCGGCGGCUCCAAAUCACAUGCCGCAUUUACAGUACUCCUACUCCUCCGCCACCACUAACAACAACCAUACCAAUUCCCAAUCCCAAGGCGGCGCAGAUCGUACUAGUGGUAGUAGUAGUAUUCAUUACAGCAAUCAAGAAACCGACUUCACCGGCAAUUAUGACAAUCUUGAUGAUUACGGUGAUCAUAUUACUCCAAGUAACAAUAACGCUGAUGAAGUAGUUCCUUACCACAAUGGUGGUGCCGGAGUUGGUGGGUUGGCCGGUGAUCAUGGAGUUCAAACCGGAACCGGCGUGGGCAGAGCAAGAGGACAUAAAUUUGCCGCAUUACCCGCCGGAUUCCGAUUCCUCCCAACGGAUUGGGAACUUGUUGGGUUUUAUUUGUUCAACAGGGUCCAUGGCUUACCACUUCCGGCUCUCAAUCAUUUUUUUGAAGCCAAUAUUUAUGAAGAUAGCCCUGACUCCAUUACUGCUAAGUAUCCAAAUAUGGGGGGAAAUCGAUGGUUCUUCUUCACUCCAAGAGAUAGGAAAUACCCACAAGGCGGUCGUCCAAAACGGACUGCUGGAGAUGGUUUUUGGAAGGCUACUGGGGCAAAUCGCAUAAUAACUGGUGGUCCUCGGGGAGAAGAACUUGGAUUCAGGAAGUCCCUGGCUUAUCAUAAAGGAAAACCUUCCUCUGGGGAGAGGACUGAAUGGCUCAUGCAUGAAUUUUGGCUAAAAAAUCCUCCACUUCCUGCCAAGGCCGAGGCUAAUAAUAUGAGGUUGGAUGAUUGUGUUCUAUGUAAAAUCUACCUAAAACCUGGCACGAAGAAGAGUCCAACCCCUAAGUCAAAAAAAAGAGCUAGAGGAGAGAGUGAAGAAGAUGGUGGUAUUGCUCCAAAUGAUGGUGAAGUAGAAGAAGAUUCUCAUCAGAAUGUCGCUCAUGGUUUGCCCAAUCAUGCUGCUGUUGCUGGUCCAUCCCAUUAUUCCCAGGCAGAGUUGAACCGAUUAUCGCAACCCUACCCAUUCCGUGCUGAAUAUAAUGCUGUUCCAUUUGCACGUCUUUCACCCAACCAGCUCCCAUCCAUCCAAUGUCAAUUCCAUCUGCAGAAGAAUAAUGGUCAGCAGGUCUUGGAUAGCCGGGCUUUUCCGUCUGAGUCAUAUUCUGUGGUGGUUGCUAAUGCAACUGGCGGCGGUGCAAUUGGAGGUCUACAAGGAGGUGUUAUGAAGCCUGUGGAUAAUAUUGACUACUUACCAUAUGAAUUUAGCUUUCCUAGUUCAUCAGGAGUUCCUGAGACUGAGGAUGAUGAUUUCCUCCUUGGUGAUGAAUUUGAUUUUAUCUCUCCUCUGCCCGGCCCUGCUCAGAAUCCUGGAAAUUCCCCCUGA